GUCACAUAGAAUAAGCCAAAGCAUUUUUUAUCAGUCAAGUGCGGUCGCGUGCGGCAAACGGUCCAUGCUGUUCGCUGGUGGUCUGUUUAAAAAGUUCUAGUAAAACUUAUAAACAUUUCGUUAAAUGUCAUUACAUUAUAAAUUACUGUGACGACCGGUUAAUUAUUUUUUUAUUUUUAUUUUUUAAGUAUUCUGUAAAAGUUAGUUAACAAAUUUGAAGCUAUAUGUGUUUAUAUUAAACGUUAUUUAUUUGAUGAAUAAUAAUUCUGUUAAGGGGUUAAAUUAUUGACAAUCUGGCGCUACUUUGUCCAAGGAUUAAAACUGAUUUGAGCAGAUCAAGGCUGGCAGGAAUCAGACGAAAGGAAGUGAGGCUGCCACAGGUUAUUCCUGUAGGAAGGACAUCCUCAUUUGAAUUUAAUUUCCGGGAUUAUUGCCAACGUCAUCUCCGUUUCCGCAGGCUGUCAGCUAUUGGAAGGUCAGACACUAAAUUCCCUCAGGUAGAUCCUGGUAGAAUUAACUUCCGUACAUUCCGGCCGAGACAUGGUCGGGGUUCCGAACUCGACUACCGACCCUAAAUUGGUCGAAAUCACGAAACCGGAAGACGAUGGACAAAUGAAAAAAAUCGAGGACGUUGUCAAUGAAAUCGACAACGUGUCUCCAUUCAAAAAUACAAUAAUAAUACCACGAAUAAUAAUGUCGUCUGAGAAAGAUGGUAGUGAUGCUUUCGUACUUGCUUUUAACGAUAACGAUAACAAUGGACAGAAAAAAUUAGAAUGUCCCGCGGACCAAGUCAAGGCUGUACACAACUUGCUCGAGAAGUUACCAGGCGACGAAUCUCUAUCCAGCGGUAGUUCAAUAGUGACAAUCUCAUCAGCGGCUAAUUCAGAUCCUGAGGCCCCUAACGACAGUGAUCCAAGAAGAAAACCACGUGAUAUUUUAAAUGAAAGGUGGCAACAUACGGCGUUACAAGUGUCUGUACCAUUUUUUAUUGCCGGAAUUGGAACUAUUGGCGCCGGUUUAGUUCUUGACAACGUUCAAACAUGGGACGUAUUCAAACAAAUAACCCAAUUGCUUAUCUUAGUGCCUUCAUUAUUAGGAUUAAAAGGCAACUUAGAUAUGUGUUUGGCGUCACGUUUAUGUACACAAGCAAAUCUAGGUAAUAUGCACGGUUGCCGCGAGAUCGUUAAAAUGAUAAUAGGUAAUCUGGCAUUAGUGCAAAUUCAAGCGACUGUUGCCGCAAUAAUAGUAUCAAUAUUUGCAACUUCUGCUCACGCUGCUAUGACCGGUGGUGAUUUUUUAUGGGAUCAUGCAUUGCUUGUAACAGCAUCUAGUGUUUGCACAGCAACAAGUUCAUGUUUCUUUCUCGAUCUUGUUAUGAUUAUUGUGAUCAUGACAACUCAUCGAUGGAAAAUGAACCCGGAUAAUUUAGCAACACCGCUGGCAGCUUCUUUUGGCGAUGUCGUAUCAAUAACUGUUUUUUCACAUAUCGCAUCAAGUUUUUUCACACGAUUAGAAACUCAAAUUUGGAUAUUAUAUGUUGUUAUUAUUGGUUAUUUAUUGAUACUACCUAUCUGGAUUUGGAUUGUAUUAAAAAAUAAAUAUACCAAAAAAGUUUUAACAUCUGGAUGGACGCCUGUUCUAUCUGCUCUAUUUAUUAGUGGAUUGGGUGGAUUAGUUCUUAGUAAAGCUGCAGAUGUACCAGGAUUUUCAGUAUUUCAACCAAUUAUUAAUGGUAUUGGUGGUAACCUAGUAUCGGUACAAGCAUCAAGAAUAUCAUCAACGCUUCAUCAAACAUCACUUAUGGGAGUAAUUCCGGAAUUCACUAAACUAUGGAUUUCACCAUGGAAAGCUCUUUUUAAAGGAGUUCCAUUUGCAAAAACUGCAAGACUUUUAAUAACAAUGGGUGUGAUUGGUGAAUUAAUAUUUAUAUAUGCUGCUGAUUAUAUAAAGCAGGGUGAAUCUACAUUACAUUUUUACUUCAUAUUUUCAUAUAUUAUGGUCGCAUUGUUUCAAAUCAUGUUAUUACUUUAUGUUGCGCAUAUAAUAAUUCACGCAAUGUGGAGGUUCAAAAUAGAUCCGGAUAAUUCAGCAAUUCCGUAUUUAACUGCUUUGGGUGAUUUGAGUGGUACAAUAUUUUUAGGGGGAGCCUUUUGGCUUCUUAGAGAAAUUGGACAUCCAUACAAUGACCUUCAGGAAAUGAGUCCUUGAAUAAAUUAACUAUUUUUAUUGUAAUUAUACAUAAACAAUUAAUCAAAUUCAAAAGGUUGAAUUUAUUAAUUCAGCCACGUGAUGAGACUAAUAAAUUUUUAAAACAAGUUAUUUUAUUUUUCUAAAUCAAAUUUUUAGAUAUAAAAUUUCGAUAUUUUUAAUAUUUUAUUUUUAUUUUUAUUGACUCAGUAAUUACAUAACGUGUUUAUCAAGUUGUAAUUGAAUAUAUGUGCCUUAGAGAGGUGAAAGAAAGUAUUAACAUUGUGGAAGAAAAAAAAACAAAUAAUAUUAUUUAUAAUUCGCGUUAUUGGGGAUGUGUAUUAGUAAAAAAACAAUCAAUACUACUAGAGGAUUAAGUAGAAUCCACGUUUAUGAAAAAACAUAAUACUCAAUAUUAUAAAAUUUUUAAAAAAUAACAUUAAAUCUAAAAAAAUAUUUUUAUUGCAAAAAUAAUUAAACAUUUGAUUAAAAUGAAAAAAAAAAUUUUUUUUAACUAUAAGUAGAUUUGAAAAUUUUAUUUGAUACCAAUGAAAGUAUCAAAUAACGAUCAUGUAAAAAUAAAUUUUUAAUUUUUUUUUCCAUAAUUCACUAUC